UGCACCCUCUAAAUCCGCCACUGCACGCGCUAUGUACAUGUAGCUAGUGGAAAACUGGCUUCGAGUUCAUAAAACUUGGACUUUUGACGUAAGUGUCACUUUUAUCAAAUCACAUAGUGGACAAGUGAGACUGAGAUCAAAUGUGAGCUCGUUUAAGUUGUUUUGUCUCGGGGCUUGAAAUUCAAAAUAUCCUUCCACACGUACAUCAUCACACAUGGUCCACACGUUCUCCUUCAAUGUGGAGGAAAGUGAUGACAAUUUAGCUGGGAACGGCUUACUCUUCCUGUUUGAUGUUCAGUGUGUAGGAUACACCGGAAACAGACUGAUGUUUACAUUGUCAGUAGCAGUAACCAAGUAACAGAAUAGUAUUGUAGUAAAUAAUUACUCACACCAUGUGUCUCACCACCGGACGCACGGGCGGAUCCAAAACAAUCAAUGUAUGCCUAUAACAACACUACCGGCGAUAGUUACCACAUAUCUGUAAAAAUUGAGAUCAAAUCAGUUCUGGCGAUAUAGAGAUAUCAUUCAACAUAUGGAGGACAAAGUACAACUUGUGACCGAAAAGGAGGGAACCCAGGAAGGAUCCAAAGAGAUCAAAAUCGUCAUCAAUGACGGCAGUGAAAAUGGAGGCGUAGAAUUAGAUUUUGUAAGGACUUCCAAAGAUAGCGGGCGUAGUGGAACAGACCCUCCGUGCACGGAAAACGAAACCAAAUGGCUAGCGUGCAUAGAAGAAAAGUUUCAAGUGAGAGUUAACGAAAAUGGACAAAUUGAAUUCGAGGAUUUUAAAGAGGUUCUUGGGGUUCGACAGUCUUUCUUCGCCGAUCGAUUCUUCAGUCUCUUUGACAAGGAAAAGCAUGGCAGAAUAGAGAUUUCGGCCCUGAUAGACGGACUUCGGACUCUGACGCAUGGCUCGCCGGUACAGAAAAUCAAGUUCGUGUUUGACGUCUAUGACAUUGAUGGAUCUGGUGAAAUAGAGCGCGAGGAACUGAAAACGAUUCUGACCACUUGUAUGCAGGAGAGCUCCCUCUGCUUUGGGGAGGAGCAUCUCAAUGAUCUGACAGACGUCAUGUUCGAUGCCGCAGGCAAGGAUAGAAACGGCAGUAUAUCAUUUGACGAUUUGAAAAACGUGUUAGAAAAACACCCCAGUGUUUUGGAGAACUUGACGUUAAGCGCAACACAAUGGUUGAAGACUGUGCCGCCAUCUACGACGGGGAAGAAGGGCUGGAAACACAAAUUUACGUUGAAAUACUUAAGAAACAACCUCAGAAAAAUCAUGUUUCUGAUCAUUUACAGCCUGAUUAAUGUAGGGAUUGGGAUAUACACCGUGAUGGAGGUUUUAGAAAAAGGAACCGGAAGUGCGGGGUAUCUUGUCAUCAGAUUGGCUGCUAGCAUCGGUGGAAUGCUCCUAAACUUUAACUGUAUGCUAAUCCUCAUUCUCGUUCUCCGAAAGUGCCACACCUUGAUACGGUCUACACCUUUGGCGGCCAUUUUACCCUUGGAUCAGCAUAUCUCCUUUCACAAAAUGGUUGGAGGAGUAAUUGGGGUCUGCGCCGCAGUUCACGCAGGCGCACACAUCGCACACGCUGUUUAUGUGGAGGUCGAAAUGCCGGAGAAGAACCUUACAGCAGCGGAUAUUCUGUUUACCCAGAAAGCCGGGAUGGGCUGGGUUAGUGGCACUGCUUACAUCACGGGAUGGCCUAUUUUGGGAAUUCUGAUUAUUAUGAUCAUCUGCUCACUUCCGUUUGUCAGAAGAGGCGGACAUUUUGAGGUCUUCUACUGGACCCAUGUGUUGUAUCUGCCAUUCUGGGCCAUCCUGAUAAUACACGCUAAGGUGUUCUGGUACUAUUUCAUUAUGCCCGGAGUUCUAUUCGUCAUUGAGAAGAUCCUCAGUUCCAGGAUGUUCAAGAGAGCUCGCUACGGUCAAACAUUUAUCACAGAAGUUGGUCUACUGCCAUCAGGGGUCUGCCAUUUGGUGAUAUCUCGCCCUGACAACUUCCGGUAUAGCCCAGGAGACUACAUAUUCCUGCAGAUUCCUGUCAUUGCUAACUAUGAAUGGCACCCAUUUACGAUCAGCAGUGCUCCAGAAAUGAAAGGUCAUAUUUGGCUUCACGUUAGGACAGCUGGCCAUUGGACCAAACAGCUGUACGAGUAUUUCUCUGCUCUGGAUCCCAUCAAAGAAACUCCGGACAGGGACUUGAUGAGACGCAGUCACACAAGAGCUUCUUGGUGGCCGGCAAAACGACAAUCCCAGUAUAAAGUUAAAGACAAGGGUGAGCUGAUCGCAGAGAAGAGAAUAGCACAAAUUAUGAAGAAAGUCAAUGUUAAGUGUCACAUUGACGGCCCGUAUGGAACCGCCACCAGAGAAAUCUUCGAGACUGAACACGCCGUGUUGAUUGGGGCAGGUAUUGGCGUGACUCCUAUGGCGUCCAUUCUUCAGAGUAUCAUGUACCGGUAUAAGGAUUCUAAGGCCACCUGUCCCAAGUGUCAUUUCAGCUUCUACGGCAUUAUUCCAGAGACUGUGAUGAACCUCAAAAAGGUUAAUUUCAUUUGGAUAAAUCGGGACCAGAAGAAUUUCGAAUGGUUUGUCGGCCUCCUUAAUAAAAUCGAGAAAGAGCAAAUCGACGUGGCUUUUGAGGAAGGUAGAGACAUGGAAAAGGUGAUCGACAUCGAGCUUUUUAUGACCGCUGCCAAGGAGAAAACCGACAUCAGAGGGGCGGGGCUUCAGAUGGCCCUCAGCAUUAUGCACAGGCGAGACAAGAAGGACUUAAUCACAGGAUUGUCCACACGAACCCAAGCCGGAAGACCGAACUGGUACAAGGUAUUUGGGAAGAUUUCACAAGAGAGAAAAGGGAAAGUGAAAGUUUUCUUCUGUGGAGCGCCGCAGCUUGGACAAAUUGUGAAAAAGGCUUGCAUGAGAUAUGACUUCAAGUUCAGAAAAGAGAACUUCUAAUUCCUUUGGCUCUCAGGACUUUGGCUCCUGAAUGAAGAACUUCUCAAGACUUUGGUUGCGGAAAUAGAACUUCUAAAUCCUUUGACCCAAAAGAAAACUUCUAAACUGUUGAUGGCGAAAUAAACCAACUUUGGUUUCAGAAAGAAAACUUCCAAAUCCUUUAGUUCCGACAAGAGAACUUAUAAAGCUUUUAGUUCGAAAGUUUACAUUAAUGACCAUGAUAAUUGGUAUGAAUGGAUGGAUGUCAACACGGGCCAGGUGGAGUCAAUUUUGAAGCGAAGGGGACAAAAAACUUGUAUGAAAGGGUAGCGAAAUGUCAAAUCUUGAACUUUUAUUAUAUCAUAUUUUAUCAGAUGAUAUAUUUAUGUACCACAACAUAAUUCCUUGCCUGAAAUAUAUAUACAUGAAAUAUAUGAGUAGAUAUUUUCAUUUAUAUAUACUCAGUUUUUAUAACAAGUAUAUAUCCCUAAUAUACUGAAGUAUAUCGCUAACACGGAUUUAAAUUUUUGAUUUACAUUUUUGACAAUUCUAUGGAGUUAUUUCCCUCUGAUUACAGAGGGCGCGCAGUACAUUGCGGUCCUCAGUUGACGGCGACAUAUAAGGAAUAAAUAGAAAAUUUACAAUUUUUGACUGAAAUCAAUUGUCAGUUAAGGUAUGUUUCUAAGAAUUAAGUGUAAUGACUUAAAAAUAGUAUAAUUGGACAAUAAUAUUUUAGUAACUGCUUAUACAUCUAUAUCUGUCCCUUGUGUGUUUUUUUUUUAGCAACACUGUAUGGUCAUGCUGUAACAAGGUAUGUACAUCUUAACUAGUCCUCGGUUUCUUUAGAUCAGAAUCAGGAUGUCUUUAGUAUAUCAGCAGUUGUACAUUAUUAAUUUUUAUCAAUAUUUUCCACAACCAAAACACAUGCAAUAAUUAGUUAUGCCUAAAAACACAUAUGUAACCAACGCAUACAUGUACAUUAUCAAUUUAUCAUUUCACACUGAACAAACUUACUUGUUGCUAAAUGUACAUUAUGUGCCAAUAAACAGAACAUGUUUUAAAAUUA